AUUACUGUGUCGUGUAUUCAUCGGAAUCGACGGUUAAACGCAUAAUUCACCAAAGUGCAUAUUAUUUAUUGACAUCCACGUAAAAUAUAUUUUAUAAAAAUGUACCAGGAUAACGAUAUAAAAUCCAAAAUGGAUAAGAAGAAAUUCGAAACGUCAAUAAGUGAAUUAAAAACGAAAUCCUUCGUGACUCCUGCUGAUAUGGAAAAUUAUGAUAAUGGUGACGUCACAGAGGAGUAUCAGAGAGCCUACAAACGUUCAUUGGCUGACCCCGAGGGAUUCUGGGGUGAAGUGGGCAAGGAGUUGGAAUGGACGCGGCCCUGGGAACAAGUGCUUGACAACAGCAACCCACCUUUCACAAAAUGGUGGGUAGGUGGAGAGAUGUCUGUGUGUCACAAUGCUGUGGAUCGUCACGUGGCGGGGGGCAAGGGUGAUCAGAUAGCACUAGUCUACGACUCACCUUUGACCGAUACUGUAAAAAGAAUCACAUAUUCUGAAGUACAAGAUCAGGUUUCAAGGUUAGCUGGCAAGCUGUCGUCACUAGGCGUGACCAGGGGUUCUCGAGUUGUAAUAUACAUGCCUGUCAUCCCAGAAGCUGUUAUAGCUAUGUUAGCUACUAACCGAAUUGGAGCUAUACACUCUGUUGUUUUUGGAGGAUUUGCUGCACGAGAACUUAGAACUAGGAUUGAACACGCGGAACCAACCGUUAUCAUAGCAGCCAGCUGUGGAGUGGAACCAAAUAAAAUAGUCCGGUACAAAGAUAUACUUGAUGAAGCCCUAUGCCAGAGUUCACAUCAGCCUAAUAAAUGCAUAAUCUUUCAACGGAGACGCGUGCUUGAAUGUUCAUUGGAAAAAGAUAGAGACAUUUGUUGGGAUGAAGCGCUUAAAGCUGAACCCGUGCCUUGUGUUUCAACGGAAGCUAAUGAGGCUCUAUACAUAUUAUAUACAUCUGGUACAACUGAUGACCCGAAGGGUAUACAACGUCCUUGUGGUCACGCAGCGACACUAUGCUGGUCUAUGAACGCAGUGUAUGGUUUGAAGCGAGGUGUAUGGUGGGCUGCUUCAGACUUGGGUUGGGUUGUUGGACAUUCUUACAUUUGUUACGGUCCGCUUUUGGCUGGCUUAACGACUGUUUUGUAUGAAGGAAAACCUGAUAGAACUCCUGAUCCUGGACAGUACUUCAGAAUAAUAGAGCAACAUCGAGUGAAUGCUCUCUUUACAAUCCCAACUGCUUUCCGCGUUUUAAAAAGAACAGAUCCAGCGGGAAAGUAUGCCAGAAGAUAUUGCAGCAAAUCUUUGAAAACUAUCGUCGUUGCUGGUGAACAUUGUGAUCAAGAUACCAGGCACUGGGCUGAAAAUAUUUUCGGCGUUCCAGUAAUAAAUCACUGGUGGCAGACAGAAACAGGAUCGCCAAUAACAGCCGCCUGUAUUGGCUAUGGCGUUAAAGGUGUGAGACCUCAUUCAACGGGCUAUCCAGUUCCAGGAUAUGAUCUGCGAGCGUUAAGAGAAGAUGGAUCUGAAUGCCAUUCUGGAGAAGUUGGGCGCUUAGUUGCAAAAGUACCCUUGCCGCCGGGCUUCGCGUCAACACUGUGGCAAUCUGAUGAUCGAUUUAAAAAAGUUUAUUUCGACAAUUAUCCGGGAUUCUACGAUACACAAGAUAUGGGAUGGAUAAGUGCAGAAGGGGCAGUAUGGGUUGUAGCAAGAGCUGAUGAUGUCAUUAACGUAGCUGGCCAUAGACUUUCCACGGCUGCGAUUGAAGAUGUUGUGUUGAAACACGCAAGGGUUGCUGAUGCCAUAGUUGUUGGAGCUCCAGAUCCUACUAAAGGAGAUGUACCUUUAUGUCUGUAUGUCUUGAGGCCCCCUCAGGAUGAUGAAGAAAUAGUACAAGAAAACACAGUUACACAGGAACUAAUCGCUUUGGUUCGACAUUUGAUCGGUCCGAUAGCUGCAUUCCGGAAAGCAGUGGCAGUGCCAGCGUUACCUCGUACUCGAUCGGGUAAAGCGUUACGUGGUACUAUCUCCAAGCUAGCGAGAUCGCAGCUAGUUAAACUACCCGCGACUAUAGAGGACGCUAGUGUCUUCGGUGAAAUAAAGGUUGCUUUACAAAAGUUUGGUUAUGCUAUUAACGCUCCUGAUCCAGAGAUGUAAUCAUUAUUAUUACAUAUACUUAUGGAGUUUGUUUAUAUUCAAAUACGAUAAUUAUAAAAUGUUAUUAAAUUAUUAAAUGAAAAGAAAAUAAAUGUACUUAGGUGAAAUUAAUAAUUACAUAGGAUGAUGUAUACUUAAAAAUUGCUUAAGUUAAUUUCCCUAGUAGUGGUGUUGAGAACUAUCGGAUAUGAUAGAUUAAUUGACUGUGUGUGUGUAUGACUGUGUAAAAAAAUACUUUAAAAGCAACCGAAUUGUAAAGCAGUCUCCCAACGUUAAUUAACGUUAUAUUCAGUGAAAGAAAGAUAAAAUAUUUGCCAUUUUUUUGUACUUAUGAAUAGUCCGACGGCGUUUCCUUAUUAUCUUAUUAUUGCCAAUUCAGUUUUUGUACUGAAAAUAUACAGAGCAUUAAAAUAAUCUGAUUUCUUUAAUGACAGCUUUUUAUAUUAUUUGUAUAGAUUACAUAUAAGACAAUAUAUAUCUUAAAAAAUAUAUUACGAUACAUGUAUAAAUGUCCAUUUUGCCUGUAACGUUCUUUUAUUUAUUUUUUAUUAUUAUUUUCAUAU